AUGACCCUACCGAGACGAGCCAAAACAUGGUCGGGGUAUGAUGAACAUUCUGAUACUACGACCGCCUCCGACCACGAGGAUGACGUUCACAAGGCCACAAUACAUAAGAAGCUACACGUGGACAUCGUACACGAAGUCAAUCGCCAGGCCAAGUUAUUCGAUGCCCAGGCACAUGAAAUGAAAAUGAAGUCUCGACGACUGUUCUUCGUUAAAGCUCGCUUUCUUUUCCCGUUGGGUAUCAUCGUCGGUGUUCUCCUAGGGUUUAUAAUCAUUCAGCCAUACGACAUACAUGAAAUGCACGCGAAUCUUGCUCUCUUAAUGGAAGAGUACGAUCUAUCACUCAAGAUACCGGGGAUUGACUUGUCUCGUGUCGAGUUAGAAUGGCAGCGGUUUCGCAGCAACAUUCCGGAGUUGUGGAAACUUAAUAACGACGGGCGUGAAUUCCAGGUUGGAGAGGCUAUCAAGGCCCGCGGCCUGACUGCACAGUAUCCGGUCGUACUCGUUCCUGGAAUAGUGUCGACGGGACUCGAAUCGUGGUCAACCUCCCCGGAAUAUCGCGCCUUCUUUCGCGAAAAGCUCUGGGGAGGGUUUAAUAUGAUUUCCCAAGUGACGUUUAACCGCGAAAGAUGGAUGACUGCCAUGAUGCUCGAUCCUGAUACAGGUCUUGAUCCGCCAGGCGUAAAGAUCAGAGCUGCGGAAGGUUUAAGCGCAGCGAGCAAUUUCAUGAAAGGAUACUGGAUAUGGGCCAAGAUCAUUGAAAAUCUGGCAGUUGUAAAUUAUGACACUAAUAAUCUUUAUCUUGCACCGUAUGAUUGGAGGUUGUCGAUGUGGAACCUGGAGGAGCGGGAUGGCUACUUCUCUCGUUUGAAAGCGACUAUCGAGGGCUUGAAGAAACGUCAGAAGAAAAGAGUUGUCAUAGCUGCACAUUCUAUGGGUAGUACGGUCAUGUUGUUCUUACUCAGGUUUAAGUAUUUUUUCAAAUGGGUGGAGUCUCCUGAACACGGCGGCGGCGGUCCUGAUUGGGUUGAGAGCCACAUUGAGACUUUCAUCAGCAUUGCCGGCACACAUUUGGGCGUAGCCAAGGCGAUGUCCGCAUUUCUUUCAGGUGAAAUGAAAGACACGGUCCAAAUGAACCCCGCUGGGGCUUAUGUCCUCGAGCGCUUUUUUUCAAGGAAGGAACGGCGGAAAUUAUUCCGGAGUUGGGCCGGUAGUGCGAGUAUGUGGGUUAAGGGUGGUACGGCUGUAUGGGGAAACGAGAAUUGUGCACCGGAUGACGAACCAGACUCGACACACACGCAUGGUGAGUUGAUCGCGUUUAGACGGUCUCUCCUGGAUGCACGGCAAGUGGAGGGCAGUCGGCUGGUCGACGAAGAGUUGGUGCCGAAGAAGAAUAUGACUGCGACGGACGUGGGAACGUGGAUUCUCAAGCGCACACCAGCGAGUUUUCAGAAAAUGAUGGCGACAAACUAUUCGUUCGGUAUAGAGCGCGAUGAAGAAGUACUCGAGAAGAAUGAUUUCGAUCAUAGGAAAUGGACCAAUCCACUAGAGAUCAGACUCCCUAAUGCGCCGACUACACGAUUCGUUUGCGUGUAUGGCCAUGGGAAAGAAACGGAGAGGUCUUACUGGUAUGCACACAAACCAAAUGAAUAUGAGGAAUCGAUUGUGGAGGCCGGAGGUACACCCACAUGCGCGGAACCUUCCGUUGGAACGUGCAAGGUACCCGUACCUAUAGAUGGUCUUAACGAUUUUAACAAUCGGCCGCCACCAUCGAGCUGGAUAGAUGCCGAGUAUACAGAUGAAACUGUCGUGCCCAAGGUCCGCAAUGGAGUGAAGAUGGGUGAUGGUGAUGGAACGGUCAGUCUAUUGAGUCUUGGUGCGAUGUGCGUCGAGGGAUGGAAGCGCAAGCGGUGGAAUCCUGGAGGGAUCCGUGUCACUACUGUCGAGCUGCCGCACCGUCCUGUGGUGAACAUCCCUCGCGGGGGCGCGACCACGGGCGACCACGUGGACAUUCUAGGAUCGACGGCCUUGAACGAGCUUAUACUGAAAUUUGCUACUGGGGCUGGGGACGAGGUCGAAGAUAAUUUUGUGUCCAAGAUACGGGAAUACGCGAAGAGGGUGCAGUGGGAUGGGUGA